CUCCCGGCGCAGUGGCGAGCCAUGGCCUCGGCAGGCAGCAGCCUUGGCGGGGGGGAGGCCGAGCGACCGCACCCGAGGCCCUUCCUGAUCGGGGUGAGCGGAGGCACCGCCAGCGGCAAGUCCACAGUAUGUGAGAAGAUCAUGGAGCUCCUGGGGCAAAAUGAAGUGGAUCAUCACCAACGAAAGCUCAUCAUUCUGAGCCAGGAUAGGUUCUACAAGGUCCUCACUGCAGACCAGAAAGCCAAGGCAUUGAAGGGACAGUAUAACUUUGAUCACCCAGGUGCUUUUGAUAAUGAUCUGAUGCACACAACCCUGAAAAAUAUUGUGGAAGGAAAAACUGUAGAGGUGCCGACUUACGAUUUUGUAACUCAUUCCAGGUUGGCAGAGACAACAGUGGUCUAUCCUGCAGAUGUGGUUCUUUUUGAGGGGAUCCUGGUGUUCUAUAACCAAGACAUUCGGGACAUGUUCCAUCUCCGACUUUUUGUUGACACAGACUCUGAUGUUCGUCUGUCCCGCAGAGUUCUUCGAGAUAUGAAGCGUGGAAGGGACCUAGAGCAGAUCCUGACUCAAUACACAACCUUCGUCAAACCCGCCUUUGAGGAGUUCUGUUUGCCGACAAAGAAGUAUGCAGAUGUGAUUAUUCCUCGUGGAGUUGACAAUAUGGUUGCUAUAAACCUUAUUGUGCAGCACAUCCAGGACAUUUUGAAUGGAGAUAUCUGCAAGUGGCAGCGAGGGGCGAUGAAUGGGCAUGGUCGGACAUACAAACGAUCAUUCCCUGAGCAAACAGAGGGCAGCACCAUGUUGGCAGCUGGCAAACGAUCUCAUCUGGAGUCUAGCAGCCGUCCCCACUAACCAGGUGGGGGUCUGAAGAAGUUGCUUCUAUUCCAGACCAACUUUUUCAACUAACUGGUUUGUGACAUGCCCAUAGCAACUUAGGGACAGAUUCAAGAGGUGUGUGUCUUCUCACAGAGUGAAGGAAGGAACUGGACUAUUGAUCCUGCACCCAGGACCUGGUUUUAGAUGGCACUGUAUGCUGAAAUCCCUUCUGGGAAUUAAACCCAGUGCAGUGGGGUACAGGACCCCUA